UCCUACUCUCUCUUGAUCUGUAACGAGUCGUUUUUUUGACCAAGAAUACCAGCGCUUUUUCUCAUUAUCUUCAUAUACAUAUAUUCAAUAUUGAAUGUCGUUGAAAUAUAAAUUAUUUAUCUUAAAGAAGGAUUCAAUCGAAUCUCUUUAACUUCUCUCUCAGUUUUUAGAUUUGGAAUUCCAAAGAGUUUCUUAUAUUUUCCCUGAAUUCGGAUUCCCAGCAAACAAACAGACAACCCUCGGUUUUCUAUUUCCUCUCUGUGUUUCUCGCGUCUGAUUAGGGUUUAGGUUUGGUAAUUUCCUUUUUCUUUUAUUCUUAAUUCGGGUUUUGGGAGGAGGAAAGGGGGAAAUGAAAUCUUCGCUUGGCAAGUUGCGAAGGUUUUCACUGAACAAGAACGAGGGCAAGGACAAAAGAGAACUUUCACCUUCGGCUCAGGCGGAUGAACUGGCUCAAGCUGCUCAGGACAUGCAAGACAUGAGAGAUUGCUACGACAGCUUACUUUCUGCAGCUGCAGCAGCAGCAAACAGUGCUUAUGAGUUCUCAGAGUCACUGCGGGAAAUGGGUUCCUGUCUGCUGGAGAAAACAGCCUUAAAUGAUGAUGAAGAAAGUGGUAGAGUGUUGUUGAUGCUGGGGAAAGUUCAGUUUGAGCUUCAAAAACUUGUAGAUCGCUAUCGCUCUCAUGUAGUCCUGACGAUUACAAAGCCAUCAGAGUCACUUCUUAACGAGCUGAGGACUGUUGAGGAUAUGAAACGACAAUGCGAUGAAAAAAGAAAUGUAUAUGAAUACAUGAUGGCACAACAGAAAGAAAAAAGAAAGUCAAAAGGUGGGAAGGGUGAGACUUUCACUCUGCAGCAGUUGCAAACAGCUCAAAGUGAAUAUUAUGAAGAGGCAACACUCUGUGUUUUUCGGUUGAAAUCUCUAAAGCAAGGACAGUCUCGAAGUCUUCUUACACAAGCAGCACGUCACCAUGCAGCUCAGUUGAAUUUCUUUCGUAAGGGACUCAAAUCACUUGAGGCAGUUGAGCCACAUGUUAGAAUGGUAACAGAACAGCAACAUAUUGACUAUCAGUUUGCUGGACUUGAAGAUGAUGGGGAAGAUGGUGAGGACGAUGGGGUGAAUGGCUAUGAUACGAAUGAAGAUAGGGAACUGAGUUUCGAUUAUAGAGUAAAUAAGGAAGGGAUUGAUGUGGUUUCAGUGUCAAGAGACUCAAUGGAGGUAGAUGAAGCGGUCAUUUCAUUUCACAACACAUCAACGAUAGAAAAUGAAGAGGUAGACCUAGAUAAAACUGAAGAACCCCAGGUCUCAAUUCGAGAGCAUAGAGUAGGCAGCUAUUCAGCCCCAUUAUUUGCUGAAAGGAAGUUCCAUCAAGCAGAGAAAAGUAGGCAAAUGCAUCCAUCUCCAGUUCGGAACACUAACACAUACGUGCUGCCUAUGCCUGUUGAUUCCAAAGGCUCAGUUUCUCUUAAAGCAGUCAGUCCAACCACACAUGCAAGGCCUACAAAUUGUAUUGGACGAACACACAAUUUGUGGCAUUCUUCUCCAUUAGAACAGAAGAAGUCUGAAAAAGAUUCUGGUGAUAAUCAGUUGUCAGAAAUGGCCACCUUGAAGGCAAAGUCAUUAAUCAAAGAAAGCACUGGUAACAAUGCCUCCACCCAGUUACCCCUGCCUUCGGCCGAUGGAUUUUCUAAUCAACAUUUUGAUAUGUCUAAUGCAUCCGAUAGCAAAAAAAUAAAAAGACAUGCUUUUUCUGGCCCAUUAAUGAGUAAGUCUUCAUCAACAAACCCUGUUUCGCCAGCAACCGGUCCCAGUACCUCCGCUGAAAUUUCCCAAUUAGUUUCUGGUACACUUUCUUGUCUUCCACUUCCUCAUCCUUCAUCAUCUCCAAAAGUAUCCCCAGGUGCUUCACCUCCACUUGUUUCUUCCCCAAGAAUAAGUGAACUUCAUGAACUUCCAAGGCCCCCAGGUGUUGCUGCUGCCAAGCCUGCAAAAUCUCCUGGUUUGCUUGGUCACUCUGCUCCGUUGGUAUCAAGAAAUCAAGAUCAUUAUGCAACAAAUAAAAUUGCACCAGUGUCAUCAAGUGUGGCAUCUCCUCUUCCAGUUCCUCCAUUAAUUGUUCCCAGGAGUUUCUCCAUACCCUCUAGUAAUCAAAGAGCUAUGGCGUCACAUCUUUCUAAGUUUUUGGAGUCUCCUCGAGCACCAGACAAGGCUGAAGAAGUUGCUUCUCCUCCAUUAACCCCUAUCUCCCUUGCAAACGUCAAGCAAGUACAGAAUUUUUCUUAGUGACUGCUCAUUAUGGUUACUAAUAGGUGGGAGCGAGUCAGAUAUUUCACAUUCUGCGAAUGUUGUCUUUUUGGCCCGACAGAAUAUUUUAGAUGUGGUUGGUUUUCUGAGUGUCGGGUAAAGAUUUGGUAAAUAUGAUAAUGACGAUGAUGUUUUUCUUUCUUUUUUUUUUUUUGUGUAUUCUUUAGUUUCUCAUGUGAAAUCAUUGUUCAUGGUUUUAUUACCUGAUUCUAAAUUUAAGAACUACAGAGAAAAAAAUUGUAUCAGUGAAGAACAUCAUGUACAUUUCAAAUGAGGAAUUUUGUUUAUCUUUUA